UGUGCUGCUGGCAGGCGUGUGCUGUGUGUGUGUGGUGCUCGCUCGCGUGUUCCCCGGAUGUGUGGUGGCCACUAGUGCUAACAGCUCUCUCUCUCUCCUCCCCUCCCUCUCCACGCCCACAACCCAACAACCAUCGGGGCCUCACCUUCCCCCGCGCCUCCGUCAGCACCGCCGACCAUCACACCACCACCUCCGCCAUGGCUACCCCACCAGACAGUCCUUAUGGAGACUUUAUGAUGACAUUUGAGACGGUGCGGCCUGUAAAACACAAACCAGUCAAGUUGGAAGAACUAUGCAAACAGACUAAAUUCACCCGACAAGAAAUCCGGCUCAUGUACAGGGGAUUUAAACAGGAGUGUCCGGAAGGCGUGGUGCAGGAGGAUGCCUUUAAGGAAAUCUACGCUAAAUUUUUCCCACAUGGAAACUCCAGUUUGUACGCACAUCAUGUCUUUAAGGCCUUCGACUUAAAUAGCAACGGACAAAUUAGUUUUCGGGACCUAUUAGUAAGCUUGUCUCAGCUCCUACGUGGUACAGCCUAUGACAAGCUUAAGUUCGCUUUCAAGCUUUACGACGUGAAUGGAGACGGAUGCAUCACGAAGGCGGAGCUGACCGAUAUUGUCUCCUCAGUCCACGAGCUAAUGGGGAGAAGUGGUCAUAAUAGACAGGUCGAAGACAAACAGACUCGGGAACACGUAGAGCGACUGUUUAAGAAGCUGGACUUGAACGGUGAUGGUGUGGUUACCAUUGACGAAUUUAUCCAGUCGUGUAUGCAGGAUGAAGUGAUUACGGAGUCCCUGAAGGUGUUCGAGGGGCUGUAGUUCCUUCAAGACGUGGCUGCUGCGACCUUGGAGGAGGAACUCCCUCCAGGGAAACGAGGUUGCGUAAACGACUACAACCAAGAUCAUCUUCAAUCAAGAAGUAGGAACUCUCUGAAAAAGGAGCCAGAAGAAGAGCACUACAGGAUCCUCAUGAUGCAAGAUCUUAGUAAUGGCUUCUUCGUUAUGUGCCAGUCACGGGAGUCAUUACCCUCGUGAUUGUGAGUGAAGUGGUAAACGUCGUUAUUCUAAGUCAAGAGAACAUAAAUUAUACGUUUGGUCUAGUUUAUGUUAUGUGACCUGUGGACGUAAUAUGAACUCACUGAGCUCAACACGCUAUUGCAUGGGUGACGGUGAUGUACCACUCAACAUGCAUAAUACAUAAAUGCUCAAAACUUUCGAGAAGCCGAAAAUUCGAAGUGUCGAACAUUAAACAUUAUCAGUAUCAGUAUUACCACAUCUCUGUUGACAUAUGGUCGUUGCAUCUUGGCAAGCUUCCCUUGUGUCCUAAACAAACAAUAAUAGUGCAUGGAAUGUGUUGGUUACAGUGACUCAUAUUUAUGAUGUAGAAAUUAAGGGAACUCGGCCAUUAAGUUUAGUGAAUGGAAGUGCCAUACCUCAUAAGGGUAGGAGCGUUGUUGUAACUUAUGUUCGUCCCACCAACCCCUCACCAGAACCUCGGGUAUGGCUCAAGCGUUAUGUUGCAUCUGCUGAAGCGUCGCCACUGUUGUAGUGAUGACAAGGCAUUACUAUAAGCACAAUAUCGUUCUGUUAACUGCUCGCUUAGGGGCUCAAAUAUUAAAAAUACCAUAGUCUGGAGUGAGCGUGAGUGAUCUCGACUUACGCUUACUUAAGAAUUAACUUGUAAAAAGAUAUAUACAUAUAUAAAUAUAUCUAAAUGUUUCACUAUGAAUUCUUUUAAGGAUUUUAUAAGUACUCUAAAAUAAAUUAACCAUCUCUUAAUUUUCUUAUUCAUAUUGCCACGAAAAUCUUUAUUGAUAAGAAAUUCCAUGUACUCAGAUAUUCCGUGAUAUACAACUCUCUGUGUUAACAAGGGCCGCUUACAAGAACAGUGUGCAUGUCAUAAAUGAUUCUUGUUUGUGUUUAACAUGAUCGCUUGUUAUACCAAUUAAGAGCAAUAUUUGGGAGCUGUUUAAGUGACGACAGGCCCUUGGAGUAGGCCAUGUGUUGAACGCUCUGACCUAUCUCUCUCUUUCUCCAACCAACGCACCAAGCACAGCCACACCAAAAUUCAUAAGAAUAUGAACAUUUUUUAUCCUGUGAAACAAGAGUCAGACUGCAUGCGUGAAUUUCAUUAAGAUUAUUAACAAGUAUUGGCCCAAAUUAAGAAAGAAUGUAGAACGGUGUCAGUUCUCGUUAUCAAUUUACCAGGUCUGUCCAGCUUCGUCUUUUGUGUACGCUUGUUACCGGACUUAUCUGUGCGGUUAGAAGUUGAGACAACGAUACUUUAAUGUAGAUACACAUGAGACGACAGUUGCCCAUACUGACUAUAGCCUUCACGAUCUAUCUCUACUGGUCCUAAAACUUCAGGGUAAACAGUUUCUGCAAACGGUGUUAGAAUUCGAUGGUGUUCCUGGGGCUUCGGGGGGAAUGAUCCGGCUCGCCAUGUUGUAAUGCUCGAGGUCGGUAAUGUUAGCGUUCAUAACGAGUGCUAUCACCGCUGGGGAAAUUGUGAUGAUAUAAAAGAGAAAUAAUUACUAUUAAAUGUGAAUUAGCAUUGCUGGGAAAAGUUAUGAUGUAAAGCAGUGCUGUUACCAAUAGGGAAGAUUUAAGGCAGAGGUAAGUAAUUACAAGGGAGGUUUUAUCACUGCUAGGGAGAUUACGGUGACACUUAAUUUCUGUCCCCUAUCUUAGGUAAUAUUCAGAAAUACAGUCACAUAAUCAAAUACUGUUGGAGACCAACAGGAAAUGAGGAAAGCAACACUCUCAACAGUUGAUUUCCUGCAAUCAGUCAGAAAGAUCAGUAUGUAUACAACAUUUUACAAUGAGAGAUGCCGCUACAUCACGGUAUUAAGGUGAGCCUGAAAAAUAUUCAAUAGCAAUUACAAGUUUUCGGCCUAGGUAGAACUUGGUUGAUGGCGUAGUGCCCAUUGAUAUGAAAUGCAGCGGAUAGCGGGCCACUUUGGACGUGAAGACUGACAAUAUGUGAACGUCAAUAUUUAUUCGUCAGGUCACAUGUAAGGGGUGAGGACGUCAUGGAUCUCUAGAGUUAAGAAUUAUGUGCCUGCUGGUAGUUGAUGCGGGAGCCUAGAUGGUAAUGCGAGGUUACAUUAAUUAACAGAAUAUCUCGCUGCUGCUUUAAAAAGAAACACCUUCAGCUGUAGGUGAGUGGCAAUGGAUUAUAGUGUUUCCCUCGAAGCCUAAAGUUGUAGAACGUCACAGAAACUUGACCUUUCCAAUGACUUGAAUAGUUUUCAGCAAUAUCUUAUGGUAGGUAGGAAAGUUAGAAUUCAGGGUAUUUAAUCAUUCUGCUAUAAUGAGGUAGCUGCUAUAGGAGAUUCACCAUGUAAUGUGGCUACAAAUUAUGAAGGUUAUCAAUCAUUUUCAAUUAAGUCUUGUUCCUUGUGAAGACUUAUCUAGAAUUAUAAUUCCUUUAGGCAAUAAUUAAAUAUAGAAAUCCUAUGCUUAUAGAUAAGCAAAUUAGCAUCAAGAUAUUAUAACGCCACUAAAACAAUCAUAGAGCUUUUGUAGCAGUUUUAGAUUACAAGGAUGAUGGCUGUAGAUAUUACUGAGUUUAAGACACACUGUAAUGAAAGCAAAUUAAACUUAUUACUAUUUAUAUUCUAUGGAUAAUAUGCCCUCAGGACAGAAAAUCCCCAUCUUAUUAAGUAUACGUUCAGCUCUGUGACUUCAUUUCAUGAUGUUUUUAUUGCAGAGUGAAUCCAGUAGGCCAGCAAAAUAAUGAUAAUAAUAGUAAAGGUGAUGGUAGUAUUCUAUACAGAACUUAGUAUUGGAUGAAAGUUGAGAAAAAUAAUGAAAUAAUGGUAAUGGUAUAGUUUAGUAUACAGUACUUUAAUUAAUAUUGCUAAAUUGAAAAUAUUUCGUACUAAUUAUUGCAAGUUCCCUCUCAGUGGAAAUAAUGCUAUUACAUUACUUUAUCAUCCCUGUUUAUAUUAACUAUUUCAGAUGUUUCAUAUACGGUACAGUACAUUACAAGAAAAAUAUUUCCGUACCUCAAGAAUAGCUCAUGUCCACCCCCAGGUAUUGCUGAAUAUUGUGAUUUCCAUUUGCAAUUCAACCUAAUCUAAUCUGACAAUUCCAUAAAUACCCUAUACAGUACAAACUUUUUUUUAUUAAGGAUACCCAGCUGUGUGAGCUCUUACAUUAAAUAGCUGGGGAACCUGGCUGCGUAAGCUCUAUAAAUAAUUUAUUGUCACAGUCUGCUGCUGCAGUUUGUAUACAUAAUCUGAUUCUCCUGGUAUGAAAACCUAAUAGAUUUUCCUAUUAUCAUUUUGUAUGACAGGUAAAUAUUUUGUCACAAUUUAAAAAAGUGCCAAAUGAUUAGUUUCUUUAAUCACUAUUAAAUAUGAAGCUGUUGAUCACUAGCAACUCUUCUUGGACAACAUCAUAUCAAGCAUCAUUGUGUGUACAUCUAUAAUUUCUCAGGAAGUGAUCCAUGGAAAGACAAAAAUAUGUAAAGUAGAUUUCCAAGGGUAAUAUAGUCUAUUCACAAGGUAAUGAACAACCUAUCUUUAAUACAAAUACUGUAGUCAAUAAAAUAACAAGAAUGUAAUUUAUUAUUGAAAAAUGCACUAUUUAGUGUCAAAUUAGGGUCUCAGAAGAGGUGCAGAUUCAAAUAUGGGGUGCAAUGGGCUGCUUCAUCCUGCAAAUAUAUAAAGAGCCAAUCAGUAACACCUGUGAUAGCCAAAAUUAUUCUGAAAAAUUAUGACAUUAAAAACUCAGAUAUGGUAUUGACUGCUUCGCUCAUUGGUGAGAUCACUUCCACAACAAAAAUAAUUAUACAGUACUGUACCCACCACUGAAGGACAUACAUUGUUCUCUCUUAAGUAAAUACUAUAUAUACUAUACUGUACUAUACUUUACCAUUGCUAUAAGCAUAAGAAUGAAAAUCAUUUGUGAAGAAAUCCACAUGAGUCAACCAAAACUAAGUAAAGUUACCCAAAAAUCUAGAGAUUUUUGGGUUAGGUUAGAUUUGGCUAAUUUUUGUUCUUGGACUUGUGAAGGUUUUCAAAAAAAAAUCCCCCAUGUUUUCUCAUCAGACAUUUUAGUCAUGAAGAGAGAUUUCAGUGGAGAUCCCUUCCAAAAUAUCAAGAAGAAAGUAGCAAAGCUCAACUGAACAGUUUGAUGUGUUUAAUUUGCAUUCAUGGCAAUUGUGUAAUUACUGUAUUGUUGUUGGUCAGUGAUUAUGAAUAGUAACAGAAGGUAUAAUAGGUCUGAAGAACUGUAAAUAGAGUUACAGACUAAAUGCCAACAGUGUUUUAUUUUUAAGUAAUAUCUUCAGCAAGAGGCACUGUACCAUCAUCUUGACUAAUUAAAGACCGUGGUAGCUAAAGACCCACUGUUCACUCUAGUCUUCCUAGAUGUUAGUCAGCUAGUAACUCUUUCAGUUGCCCAUAUUUGAAGAAAAAAGGUGCUUUUAUUAGAAAAAACAGCUCCAGAUAUUUUGCAGGUUAGAUGGACUUGUAUUAAUACUCUCUUGGAUCUUGAGCGGUGAUAAACUUUCAUAUGACAUUAUGAACAGCUGAGCACUCAGGGGUGAGAGGCAGGCUCGUGGUUAUUGUUGAUAUCUACCAACUGCCUUUGGAUGUACCUUCCCAGGUAACAAGUGGCAGAAUGGCUAAUUGCACCAAUUCUGUAGGGGGAAAAAAGUGUAUUUCUUGAAAAAAAAUUGAUUGUUUAAUUUUGAUGGAACAAUUGGCUCAUACACAUACCUGUAAGAUAUUUAAUUUCUGGUACAUCUGCUGCUGCCAUUUCCAAAGGGAAGUCAGUGCAUCCAGCUGCUCAAAAUCAAAUAGUGAACAGGCAGCAAUGCGAGUGACUAGAUAAUCAAAAUCGAGUCAGUAGGGUUACAUUGCUGGAUCUUGUAAUUUUUUUUCUACAGGAUGAGCAAUUUCAUACUGUCUCAAAACUAGUCUGAAGGCAGAUGGUGCUACUGUCUCUCCUCUCACACCUUGACUGAUGCUCAGUCUUAUAAUUUUUGACUUCAGUAUUAAGACAAAAUCACUAGGUUUAUGACCUUUAGAUACUGCAAUAGCUGUCAUGAGGGUAAUUCCAAUGGUGAUGCAUUUUUGUUAUGCAGGCUACUGUUUUAUCUUAUUACAAGUGUCUAGUCAUAAGCUUGAAUAUCAGACAGUGAUAUAGACCUCCAUUCAGAAAACAAAUAUAUGUUUCUGUAUUUUACAACUUAUGCUGGCAUAAGGCAAGUAUGAAAUUAAACAAUGCCAGUACAGUAGUUGUUUGCAUCUGUCAGGAUAGCAAUAACUUCACAAAUGUUUGUUUAGCAGGUAUUCCAGUAUUAGGUUACAUUUGACAAGGUAAUGAGUAGGUUAAAGCACCCUGACAUAUUUGAUUACUGUAGUUAAGAAAUAGUUUCAGAUUUUUGUUACAUACACAAUUAAAAGAAGUCCUGUACAGAAACCAAUUAAGUACUGUAUAGUAAAUUCAAAAUACUUUAUAAGGGUACAGUAUUGUACUGUAAUUCAUGUUUCAUCUUCUAUCAAUUAAUGGAUCAGCAAAUAUUCACAUCUGACAUCUGGAUCUGUGGAAACUGCUUGCACAGACACUGAUUUGCCAGAUGCAAUUUUUGGUUAGAUCCGCAUCUUUUCAAAACUAGCCAGACAAUUUUCACAUCAUAUUUUAUGUUGAGUCAGCAACCAUAUUGACCUAAGGGAUGUCUGUACAUGCAUCUUUCACCUGUAAUGCAGGCAGAAUUAUGCAUGACAAUCCCAUAUCACAGCUCAGUGUCACCAUACCUUGAACACAUCUCAUCAGGGGCACUUCCAGCUGAGAUAGGCACAUUAUGUUGAACAACUGAAAAUCUUGUAGACUUCAAAACUGCCAGUUUCCUUGAAGUUCUUUGUAUACAACUAGUUGUAAUCUUUUUUAAAUGUACAAUAUUAUAGUAGAGUGAUUUAUUUGCUUAAAUUUUAUUCUACAAUACAGUAUUUUGAAUAUGCACUGUCUGGCAAUACAGGACAAUCUCAUUUAUGUAAGUUAUUUUGAAAAAGAGUUAAAUACUGGUAUAAGCGUAAUGGUUAUAUAAAGCCAGUAGAAAUCCUGUCCACUUACAAAUUAUGUUUUUGAGUAAGUAAACUAAUAAUAGAAGUGGAAGAGGAGAUAAUCACAUCCACCAUGUGUUUCUGUGAUGUGAGUGGUAGUGGACAGGUCUGGUGGUAUGGAAUGCAAUCCAUUCCUAUAUCGCAACUUUCUGUAUAUGAGGAAUGUGGAUGGUCCAAGUGCAGCAUUGUCAAACUUCCAUUUUUCGGAAGAAAUAUCUAUCUUGUUAACUUUACGUGCACUUUUUACAAAUUCGCCCAUGUUCACAUAUUUUUACAUUUAAAGAACAUAUCUAGACUUCAUAUUCAUAUGUACAAGUUUAUAUGCAUAAUUGCAUAGUUGAUGCCAAAAAAUGAUGAGUGAAAAUAUGAGACAAAAAAAGUCCUAUGUUUGUGUUGUAAUGAUGUUCUUUCGUCAGCAAAUCACAGUCAAAUGUCAGAUUGUAGUCAAACACAAAAUCUCUUUCAUAUCUCAGUCAAAUUCAGCACUUGUUAAUGACAGUCACAGUCUUCGUGCGUCAUACUGAGAUUCAUAAACAAUUCUUACCAGUCCUAGUUACUCUGAUUGUGUGUGUGAACUUCACUGUACAUCCCCGGUGUUGAUGCUGCUGCGGGGCCUUCUGAACACUUUAACCUCAACAUUAGUUUAACUGCCACAUCCUUCUAGCAAAAUUCAUCUUAUAUACCACUUCAUUUCUUUGUAUUACUUAUGUGUGAUAGAUUAAUCCUUGUUUGCAUUAAGGUGAUUUCAUGUUUGUAAAAAUUAAUUUACAUAAAAGUUGGGGUGCAGCAGCCACUGACUCAAUGGUCAUGAGAUAAAGUCCCACAGCCAGCCUUUGGUAAAGCACCUUAGGCAACCCAGCAGCAGAAUGGGUGCCUUACUUUACAUAUGGAGAAGUGAAAGAUGAUAGAGUGUAGUGUCAGCAACACCAAAGACUUACACCCAGAAUUUUAAUCACCCUUAUCAGUUGAUGGGGGUUGUUGUGUUUACAACCAUACUUUUAAAGAAACUGAGUCACAAAAUUUUUUAAUACUAGUCUGCAAUUCACAAUCUGCAGUGGUUUUCCUUCAUGACACAGGAGCUCUUGAGCAGGAAUAAACUAACUUACAGUACAUGCGUCGCCAUAAUAAGUGGCACUUAUAUACAAUACUGCACAGUCACUUACAGGCAUAUGGUUAUGAUUUAAAUCGCAUGAUAUGUGAUUAUCCGUGAAAAAUGUAUUUUCAUUGCCGUGAGUGGAUAUUUAGUCGUCAUAAUAAUAUAAUUUCAAGAUAGCAAUGAAAGUGGACGUAAGACCCCGCUCAACCCUUCUUCUCAUCUGCCCACUGUAGUGUGGCUUUCUCAGGCACUCCACAUCUGAUAAUCUUUCUAAGUUACUAGUGAUUUAGAUUUAACAGCAAAGAUUUGGGGUGGUAUGAUUAAGUAGAGGAAAUAUGAGCUCAGGAAGCUGGGGAACUGCAGCUGACACCAUCUCACAAUUAUAGCAUUGAGUGGGCAUAAAUUAUUGCAAGAAGUAAAAGAAAAAUGCCAUCAUGUGGCUGAAAAUGACUCGCAAGUCAAAAAUAUUAUAUUUUUGAUGAUGCUAUGCCUCCAGACUCCUGGAGGAUAACGCAUCUAUGGUAUGUUUUACAUACCUAUAACCAAAUGCUGCCUCAUUUUCUAAUUUUGAAUCCACCCCUAUAAAAUGUGAUGAAAUUGUACUUUGCGUAUGCUUGUUCUGUGGUAAUUGAUGCAACUUUCAACUUCGCAACUGUUUUUACCCCAGUUUUGGGAGCCCCAUAACAAAAAAAAAUUAUGGACAUCAUUUGCAAUGUUUUCCGUUACCCCUUCACACUACUGUAUCUAUUUUAACUGUACAUAGUCCUCAUCAAGUCUUUUUUUCAUAAUUUUUUUAUAUUUGCUUUCAUCAUCCUUACAGUCUCAUGGAGUCUCAUUCCUUAUCACGUGCAUUUUAUACAACUGUUAACAAACUGAGCUAAACCAAACUUUCCCUGCCCCUAUUCACCUCAAUCUUCAAUACUUUUUUGUGAUUUAUUAAGUAAUUCUAAUAGACUGGCUUCCUGUCAUUGUAUGUAUUUUUCAGAGUAGCAGAUAAUGAGUGUAUUUUUUUCAUCAGUCUAGAAUUUAAUAAUUGCCAAUAAGAAUUGAUAGUUUUUUUCCUAACUCGUGUUUCCAAGCUCCUUAUACCUCUUAUUGUUUUAUAUUAACUGCUAGUUAACUGGAGUGUCUCAUGAUCAUUACUGUCUAUUGUUAAUUUUCCGUGUUUUAUCUUCAAAUGUAUCCAUGUGUUGACAUUUUUUAACGCGCGCUUUGGGCAUAUGUACAUAUAUAUGGUCAGUUGUAAAUAUUUGUUACACGACAAUUUAUUCUACUCCGUUGAAAAAAUCAUUAUCAUAAAUUGUUCCAAAUAAAGCUCAUUAUACAUAAA